GCUGGCCGAAUAACUACCGUUGAUAACGGUGCUGCACGUUUCGAUGUGCAUGGUAUUGCAAUUAUUGUUCGGAGUACAAUAACGAGUUAUUCACGAUUCGAGAGUAAUCACCGUAAGUACGCAAUCACAACGAUUAAUAUAAUUACGGAGAUCAUUAAAUAUAUUGCGGUGCGCGUGCGGCGAGUGGUUACCGGUUUAUUUUUUUUCCUAUUCGUCGCGCUCCGGCAUUCGGAUAUCCAUUUGAGCGGCAGGCACGACAUGGUCGACAGAUGGAGGUUGUCGUCGGCGGUGGUGGCGACGGCGGUAGUCGACCGGUUGACGACAUGCACGUGACACGAGACAGUUGCACGCCGUUGCCCGGAGCUCGUAUUCCGUUGUCGUCGUGUAGCAUUGUGCCCCCGUCGUUCGAUCGCGAUAAAUCGUCGUCGCGUACGAGGUUAGUAUUUGGCCGUUCGCACGCAAUAAGACAGAGCACAGUGCACUCAAACAGUGUUGAAACGGUCUACCACUACUAGUUUUGAACCCUUCUGACUCCUAACCAUGGUUACCGAACCCAAGACUAGAGACUGGUGGCCGUCCUUGGAGGAUAUGUGUCUGGACCGUACCGCCGUGGUCGUGCUCAACACAAACAUCGAAAACCCGCCUCAGUUGGUCCGUCGCUUGUGGAACGAUGCUCUGCUCCGAUUGACCGUUGACGGUGGCACUAACAAAUGGUACAAUUUUAUCAAGCAAAACGCGUACGACAAGCUCAAAUUUCCCGACCUUAUUACCGGCGAUUUGGAUUCGGCUGAUCGCUCUAUUAUUGAUGAAUUUGUGUUGCUGGGCUCGCAAAUUGUUUAUACGCCUAACCAGGACGAAACAGACUUUGCCAAAGCACUCAGAGAAAUUCAGAAGUACUCUACAAAAAUGAAUAAAUCCAUCAACUCAGUAAUUGUUAUGGCCAACAUGUGCAAUAGAGUUGAUCAUUUCUUGUCAAAUAUAAAUACAUUGUAUAAAUCAAAGGACUAUUAUUUCGAUGGAGACAUCUAUUUGCUGGGAAGAAAUUCAUUAACCUGGUUGCUUCAGUCCGGCUCUAACCGUAUCCAUAUUCCUCAAGUCCUCAGGAUAAAUCCAGAAAAGAAUUACAUAGGUUUCUUUCCAUUAGGCUCACCGUGUUAUAAAUGUACAACCACAGGAUUGAAAUGGAAUAUAUUCGAAAAAACCAUGGAAAUGGGAGGACUUACAAGUAGCAGUAACACAUAUAACGGACAGCCAUUUGUCACCAUUGACAACAGUUCUCCUCUACUAUGGACCAUGACAAUGGGUUAUGAAGAUGGUUUUUGAACAAAGUAAAUUAUCAUUAGAUCUAUGUAUUUUAUUCCUAAUUAAACCUUUCCCUUUCUUGCAGUCAGGCUGGGUAUUAUUUCAUUACUUAUAUAAGGGGUUUUUUGAAUUUAUGAAAGCAGUAAUAUAUUAAUUAUAGUUAUAUUUUAU